AAUGGGUUGUCUCCAUUGCACAUGGCCACACAAGGGGAUCACUUGAACUGUGUGCAGCUUCUCCUCCAGCAUAACGUGCCUGUGGAUGACGUCACCAAUGACUACCUGACUGCCCUGCACGUGGCUGCCCACUGUGGCCAUUACAAAGUCGCCAAGGUUCUCCUGGACAAGAAAGCGAACCCCAAUGCCAAAGCCCUGAAUGGCUUUACUCCUCUUCAUAUUGCCUGCAAGAAGAAUCGAAUUAAAGUAAUGGAACUCCUUCUGAAACACGGUGCAUCCAUCCAAGCCGUAACCGAGUCGGGCCUUACCCCAAUCCAUGUUGCUGCCUUCAUGGGGCAUGUAAAUAUCGUAUCACAACUAAUGCAUCAUGGAGCCUCACCAAACACUACCAAUGUG